AUGAGCCUUGAUCCGGGCGGCUUCACCAGGGCCAACUCCCCCGCAAGCUCCGACAGCUCUCUGCCUCGUUCGCGCAUUCGUGACAAUGAAGAAGCUUUGAAAAAGGACAAGAACUAUCGUCGCUAUGCUGCCACCGUCGAACGCGCGCUGUCAUUGUUCGACACCGCAUUGCAAGAAUGGGCCGAUUACAUCUCUUUCCUCAGUCGCCUUUUGAAGGCGCUUCAAUCCCAUCCUCCUGAGCUCCCAGUAGUCCCGCACAAGACGCUCGUCGCGAAAAGACUCUCACAAUGCAUGAACCCCUCCCUUCCCUCAGGGGUGCAUCAGAAGGCUUUGGAGGUCUACACAUAUAUCUUCUCCUUGAUUAAGCCGGAGGGUCUUUCUCAGGACCUUCUCCUAUACUUCCCCGGACUUGCGCCCACUCUGACUUUCGCCUCUUUGUCUGUGCGACCGCUGUUUCUGUCAUUGAUUGAGUCCUACCUUCCCGAGAUAGACCCAGCGGCUAUCCGUCCUGCUUUGAAAGCCAUCAUCCUUGCACUACUCCCGGGGCUGGAGGAGGAAACGAGUGAUGAUUUUGAACAGACUCUUCGUAUCAUCAACAAGUUUCGCGAUGUCGCGAGCCAAAUGGACAUGCGGAGACCUAGCGUGGAGGAAAAUAAUGGUGGGCAAUACUUUUGGCAAUGUCUGUUCCUCGCGUCAAUAACAAAUCCCAGCAGGCGGCUGGGUGUCUUAGCGUACCUCAAUCGUCACCUGCCGAAACUUGGAAUCACGAAUUCCAAGGAGGCAUGGUCAGGGAAAGAGGAUAGUCAAGAGAUUCCAGAGGACGCUAUGGCUGUUGCUAAUUCUGUUAUUUCCCCUGAACCUGGUCUGCUCAUUCGUUGUUUUGCGACUGGCUUAGCUGAUGACCAACUUCUCGUUCAACGGAAUUUCCUCGAUUUACUGGUGACACACCUGCCACUGCACUCCCCGAUUUUACAAUCGAGAAUCACGAAAGAUGAUUUUGAGAAGUUGGUGAUAGCUGCUGCGGGAGUCGUCACGCGAAGGGACAUGAGUCUGAACAGAAGACUCUGGGCAUGGUUUCUUGGUCCAGAACCGGCCAGCGUAACGAACGAACACCCGCACCUGGAGUCGCCCAAAUCAGGAGCUGAAAAGUCAAAUAUGCCUGCAGCAGAUGGCCAGGAACAUUCCCAGUCUCAAUACUUCAGCAAAUUUGGAUUGGAUCCCCUGGUGCGUGGCAUUCUCAAAAUGAUCAAUCGGGAAUCCACAAUUCCGUCUGAAAGAAGCCGGCCUAUUCGUAUCUCACUUUCCCUGAUGGACCGCUGGGAGGUGGGUGGAUUUGUUGUCCCCGCCGUCUUUCUGCCCAUUAUGCGAAGUGUCCAAUCCUUUGAAGGUGUAGCAUCAAAAAGUCAAUUCGACGAAGUCUUUAGGAGCGCAAGCGCCUUUUUUGACGGCGUUGAAAGCAGCCUCAUAUUUUCCGAGCUUCUUUACCUGGUAGAUCUGAGUCUUGAUGGUAUCGACGCCGAUUUCGAGAAGAAACUGGACGACCUGAAACUUGCAUACUUCAUAAUUGCCAAUUUCAAUGUGCGGGAAGAGGAGAUGCUGCUGAUACAUAUUCCCUUGCUGAUCUUGUCAAUUCUCGUCAAGACGGGCCAAAUAAUAUCAGAAACCAAGGAAUCUCAACUGAGCCCAAGUUUGCGCAAAGCCGCAGUCCAGCAGUUGAUCAAGCUUCUGAAUCUCUUGGUCGGCUUACUGCCAGAACGAGCUUUCAUUAGGAAGGCCGCCGCAGAAAAGCCUGCCAACACUCAAUCUUACCAGAUGGAACUUGACGGAUCGGAAAUCCUGAGGAAAAUUCAUUCUUUCUAUGACCAGAGCAAGGACAGCCUUGAUCUGCCCCCUCUCCCGUUCACACCAAGAGCCAUUGGAGAGCUUAUUCUGCGCGAAGCUCAAGGAUUAUCGAUGUUAGCAUUGGCGGUUACGAAUAACGUUUUGUCUGCCAAAGAAAUCUUGAAUCUCCUUAUAGCCUUGCUGAAGAAGAUCCCCAAGUCUCGAAUACUUCGAGAUGGUUCCCUUUAUACGGCUUUCCAGAACAGUAUCAGUUCCAAUGAAAUUGAAUUGAAUACGUCGACAUUUUCCGUCAUUUCAUCGAUCACUUCUACCGCAACUACUCUCUAUACCGUCCAUACACCUGGUUAUUACGUUACCUAUGAACAAUUGAACGAUCUGAUACCUGAGCUUGUGCGGCAUUUAUGGGCCUUCUUAUCCUCGAAAAGCCCGAAAUUCCAUGUUGAGGCGGUACGCUGUCUAUGGCUGUUACACUCGGUUUCGUGGUCGGAUCACCUUGUCGAGGCUGCCAUUACGUCGUUGAUGUUGGAGCCCAUGUCAGCUGGAUCCCACUACGUUUGUAACGUCGAAAAUGCGGAGAAAUUCUUCGUCCUGUGGAACCAUAGUCACCAUUGGACAUACGAAUCUUCCACAAUGCGUCAAGCUGAGGAGCAAGCUUUGAACGGGAAGACCUCGGAGCAAGAUCGGUCACUGUAUCAAACCUCAUUGCUUGAGCGCCCUCUUUUUAUCGUCUUGGACUUGCUUUCACAGGAUGUCAAUGAGGCCUCACAAAGUGCGCGUGAUUGGAUCCAAGAUUUGCCGUCUAUCCAGAAGGUCUUAUAUAUUGUUGUCUCAAAGCUCGAAGGGCUUUUGACACGCGGCACUGCGGAGCGGGCGCGAACAGAUAGCAGCUACGGCUCUGUUUCGCCGGAUGAUCUUAGGGAGUGCCAAUAUCUCUUGCAGACAUUGUCUCGAAUUCUCUCCUGUCUCUCGCACAAUGGAUGGGUCACACUUGUUUCUCAUCCAGUUUCACCGGUCGAAAAGCCUCGGGAUGCCUCGAAUGCUGAUGAAACCGUGGAGCAGAGGACCUUUCAAAUGGCGGUCGCCGAUAUUGCGCUUGCGGUGCUUAAUUCCAGGCCGGAACCUACGACAAAACUGAACUCUGAAGAAGCGGCGUUGCAGCAGACCGCACUCCUGGUCCUGAAACAACUUUUAAUGGGAGUCGGUUCCGAGCAAAUUGUUGAGUCUGAUGUCCACAUCACUCUCAUAGACAGAUUGUUUGUCGCUCUAGACCAGGGCAGCGACAUUGUGCAGAGUACCAUCAUCGACACCCUUCUUGUCGCACUGAAAAUCCGAUUUGCACAGGUUUUUCAGCCUCCACCGCCUACAAACUCAAAACAUCGGCGGGCUGGCUCUCGCGACACUAUCGUGAGCACAUCAUUGUUGUCGCUGAGCACUGAAAAGGUGGAUAAAGUACAGCAGACGCCUCCGGUGCCACAACCUCCCCCACAACUUUUGGACUGCCUUCUUAAGGGUAUCAGCUCUCCAAAUUCAAGGGAGGCGUUAGACAAGUGGAUACUGUUACUUUGUGAAAGCCUUCCUCUGUACGCUAAGGGCAUAUUUCAGAUCCUUCUCACGCUCGUGGAAUGCUUCUGCAGAGAGAUCCGGUCUUCGUUCAACAAUCUUCAAGAAGUAUUCAAGAAAACGGAGAAUUGGUCGAAGGAUCGCUCAGAAUAUGUCACCAUAGCUCUGUUGACAGGGCUUGAGACGUGCCUCGCUACUGCUCAUGAGCGUCUGCGUACCGAUGAAGCGAAUGCGCCGUCCGUCAGGAGUCCUGACCAGCCGCAGGGAUUCUUUGGAAACAUGGUAUCAGGAGUUUUCACCUCAGAGGGGAUGCCAGGGCGUAACUCUGCGAAUGACAGGUUGACAGUUCUCCUUUGCUUCCAAGACGCCGUUCGAUUGUGUUUCUCGAUUUGGUCCUGGGGCGCCAUUAGCAAGGGCGGAGCAUCCCUGGACUCGGAAUCUGCGGCUUCUUUCCAGUAUACUUCAUUAAGGAUGAGGAAUCGGUCGCGUCGUCUACUUGAGCAUCUGUUCACUGCUGAAGCACUUGAGUGCCUCGAAACAUUGGUGGAAAUGUGGAGCAAAUCUGGUCCCUCCGAGACAAGCACGGCAGUUCAUAUCUUCAACCUCCUCCAUACCCUGGAUGGAGCUCGGCCGAAAAUCACAAUUCCGGCAAUCUUUAAUGCUAUAUACAGCCGGACAAAUCCUUCAGCGCUGGAUCCAAGUCGCAAGUCUGCGAUGGCAUCUAAUAUUUCGGAAUCCGAGUUAGCGGCGUUCUUGGUGACUUAUGCCAGGUCGCUUGAUGACGACGUGCUCGACGAAAUAUGGUCUGACUGUACUACUUUUCUGAAAGACGUCCUUGCGAAUCCUUUCCCGCACCGGCAGAUCCUACCGCGCCUUGUUGAAUUUGCCGCAAUUCUUGGGGCGAAGAUGGAGAAUACGAACUUUGGUGAGGAUCGCCGAAUGAGAAAGGAGCUUGGUGAUUUACUACUGCGUCUUCUCGCCGCUAUAUUUACGAGCAAGCCAUUAGGCUUGUCCCAGGAUCCCGGCAUGUCAGGAAAGCCUCUGUCGGACCAGGAGGGCGCGUCGACAUCUCAUGCAGGGCCCGAUGAUAUGAUUAGCAUUUUGGCCGUGUCAUUACCAGCAUUUAUCACGACCCUUGGCGAGUCUGACCGCAUCAACAACGCCAUGACCAGUAUCUCUACCAACGUGAUAGGGCCGAUAUUUCGAUCUCGUCUCUUCCCCAACAAUGUCAACAAGAAUCUGUUGGCUCUUUUACAGCAGAUGUCCAAAAUUUCGACGGCUUCGAAGCUGUGGAAGAAGGAUAUUAACGAUGCUUUCAACGACGCGCGAUUCUUCGGCUCGCAGGUCGAUCUUGUCAAGGAUGGUUGGAUGAGUCUCCUUCGCCAGUGGGUCCUAGUGGAUAGGGAGCGAUUUCCAGAACUGCUGUCACGUCUGACGCCUCCUACCUCUGCUGGAAUUAUGUUUGGCGUUGGCGCCUCUGCUGCGAGGCUUGAGGCCGAUCGUAAAGCGCAGCUAAAUUUGCGAAGGAUCGCUCUGCUUAUUAUUUCGGCCGAUGAUGACCAUUUUGUUGCCGAGCUUCCGGGUCUUCUUCAGAAGCUGGAAGAUCUCAAUACAGCCACGAAUGUGUCUUCGCCGUCGUCGGUAACGAAAGCGGAAAUAUUUAUGGUUCUCCGAGCUCUUGUGUUGAAGACGUCUGCGACGCAUCUGGCGCCUUUCUGGCCUUUCAUCAACACGGAGCUGCAGGAGGCCCUCUGUGCCGUCCCUCAGCAUCAACAAUCGGAGCUCUACAACCCUUAUUCAAUGCUCCAAGCGUGUAAGCUUCUUGACACGCUCCUCGUCAUGGCUCCCGACGAUUUCCAGCUGCAAGAAUGGCUCUUCGUGACCGAUACGAUCGAUGCGGUCUAUCCUCCUGGGCGCUGGGAGCCCGUAGCGCUUGCGGACGAGGUAUCUCAAUGCUUAGGGCCUAGGGAUUCGACCUCGCCCAUACCAGGAGAUCUGAAUGAUACGCACGAGGUCAAGCGGCCGUGGUUAACCUCCGACCGCAUCCGCGAAACGGCGAAGGACGAGAUUGUCGAUCUCAUUUUGAAACCCUUCUUUGACCGUCUCAGCAUUUACGCUUUUGAGAGCACCUACGGCAUGGGCGUUCCGGACCGGGAGGCGUGCAGGGAUGACCUGCUGGCCGAUCUUUUCAACGAGAGUACGAUGGCGAGUUGA